AGAAAAAAAAAAAAAAGAUGUGGCGAGCGAUUCCCCGAACCUUCACCAAAGUUUUUACUGUAAGGCGUUUUGCAAAGCAACUGUGCGGGUGAAACUAUGCUGUGAAGCCGUUUGCUCCGAAAUCCCUCUGGUCCUUACUCUGGAAGGAGGGGAGAGGGGGGGGAGAAGGGGAGCGAAGAAAAAGAAGCAACUGUCACUCUUGUACCCGAGUAAUAUUUCAACGCAUUUUUUUGUAUGCAUAGUUUUCUUUAUAAUCGGGAUUAGAUUUACUAGAAUAAAGUGGACCCACCAUGUCGUCGGGAGACAAUCUGGAGGCCCGGUUUGAAAAAAUCGAUUCCAUGCUGAGAGACCCGAAGUGUGAAGUGAACAGCGAAUGCCUCCUGGAUAGCUUGGAUGCCAUGAUUUAUGAUUUGGACUUCCCUGCCUUAAGAAAAAACAAAAAUGUUGACAACUUCAUAAAUCGAUAUAAAGAUGCAAUGAGUAAAGUUCGGGAUCUGAGGAUGAAAGCAGAAGAUUAUGAAGUUGUUAAAGUGAUUGGUAGAGGAGCAUUUGGUGAAGUUCAGCUGGUGAGACAUCGAAAUACAAGGAAAGUAUUUGCAAUGAAAUUGCUCAGCAAAUUUGAGAUGAUUAAGCGAUCCGAUUCUGCAUUCUUCUGGGAAGAGAGGGGCAUCAUGGCGUUUGCAAAUAGUCCAUGGGUUGUUCAGCUGUUCUACGCAUUCCAAGAUAAUCGCUAUCUCUACAUGGUGAUGGAAUACAUGCCUGGUGGAGAUCUUGUAAAUCUAAUGAGCAAUUACGACAUGCCUGAAAAAUGGGCCAGAUUUUAUACAGCUGAAGUUGUACUUUCUUUGGAUGCAAUUCAUUCUAUGGGCUUCAUUCAUAGAGACGUGAAGCCAGAUAAUAUGUUGCUCGACAAAGCUGGUCAUCUGAAGUUAGCAGAUUUUGGAACUUGCAUGAAGAUGAAUAAAGAAGGGAUGGUGCGAUGUGACACUGCAGUGGGAACACCUGACUACAUUUCUCCUGAAGUGCUGAAAUCUCAGGGAGGGGAUGGCUAUUAUGGAAGGGAAUGUGAUUGGUGGUCAGUUGGAGUCUUCUUAUAUGAAAUGCUUGUAGGUGAUACACCUUUUUAUGCAGAUUCACUGGUUGGAACAUACAGCAAAAUCAUGAAUCACAAAAAUACUUUAACGUUUUCUGAAGACAAUGACAUCUCCAAGGAUGCAAAAAGCCUCAUCUGUGCCUUCCUUACAGACAGGGAAGUCAGACUGGGUCGGAAUGGUGUUGCAGAAAUUAAACGGCAUCCUUUCUUUAAAAAUGACCAGUGGACAUGGGAGAAUAUUAGAGAAACCUCUGCACCAGUUGUGCCUGAAUUGAGCAGUGAUAUUGACACGAGCAACUUUGAUGAAAUAGAAGAAGAUAAAGGAGAGGAAGAAACAUUUCCUAUAUCAAAGGCAUUUGUUGGCAACCAGUUACCUUUUGUUGGCUUCACAUAUUACAAAGAUCAUCAGAAUUCUAGUACCUCUCGGCAACCCGUUGAUUCUAAAACCAGUUCUGCAGUGGACAAUGGUCAUGUUGAAAAGUUGAAAAAGAAAAAUUACGAACUUGAAGAGCAGUUACAUAAUGAGAUGCAAUUAAAGGAUGAGUGGGAGCAAAAAUCUAGGACUGCAAAUAUGAAGUUAGAGAAAGUAACAAAGGAACUAGAUGAUGAGGUAAAUGCAAAAAAAGGUUUAGAGAUUAAUGUGUCUCAUCUUGAGAAAGAAAAAAUUAUGGUACAACACAAAAUGAAUGAAUACCAGAGGAAGUUGGAGCAAGAGGCUGAAAAGAGGCGCAAUUUAGAAAAUGAAGUAUCUACGCUAAAAGAACAGCUGGAGGACUUAAAGAAAAUGAGCCAGAAUUCUCACAUUUCAAAUGAGAAAAUAACGCAGUUGCAAAAACAACUAGAAGAAGCUAAUGUUUUGCUGAGAUGUGAAGCAGACACAGCAGCACGAUUGCGGAAGAGUCAAACUGAAAUAACUAGGACCCUGAGCCAGUUGGAGACUGUUCAAAGGGACCUGCAGGAGAAGAACCUAGCUUUGGAGAAUGCUAAGCUACAGCUGGAGAAGGAUGUCAUCCAGCACCAGUCGGCUCUAGAUACUGAGCGAAGGGACCGCAGCCACGGUUCAGAAAUUAUCAACAAUUUACAAGUAUGCAACACGUCCUUACAAGAAGAAAUGAAAAUGGCAAAAGUUCAUCUUUCAAAAGCAGAGAUGGAAAAGAAACAGGCACAGGACAAGCUUAACAAUUUAGAAAAGGAAAAGAACAAUAUGGAAAUCGAUUUGAAUUAUAACCUGAAAACAUUACAGCAACGUCUUGAUCAAGAGAUUACAGAGCACAGAGUAACCAAAGCUCGAUUGGUAGAUGAGCACGAGUCCAUAGAAGAAGCAAGAUCUGUGGCAAUGGGUGGAAUGGAGAAGAAGCUGAAAGAAGAGAGGAUGUCCAGACAGAAAGCAGAGAAUCAAGUAGUGGAAGUGGAAAAGAAAUGCUCCAUGUUGGAAGUGGAUCUGAAGCAAUCGCAACAGAAAUGGGAACAGCUCAGUAAGCAAAAGGAGAGAUUGGAAGAUGAGGUGAAGAAUCUUACGCUGCAGCUCGAUCAAGAGGUAAAGAAAAGGGUGAUGGCACAGGGUGAACUGAAGGCACAGAUCCUUGAAGUGGAUAUUCUUACGGGCUCAGAGAAGCAACUGAAACAAGAAAUCAAUACCACGCUGGAAUUGCGGAGGUCAUUGGAAUUUCAGCUAGCGCAGCUCACAAAACAGUAUCGAGGAAAUGAGGGUCAGAUGCGAGAACUUCAAGACCAGCUUGAGGCAGAGCAAUAUUUCUCAACUCUGUACAAGACUCAGGUUAAGGAAUUGAAGGAGGAAAGUACGGAGAAGAACCAAACAAACAGUGAGCUUCUAAAGAGGAUUCAAGAGCUGAACAAUGAAAGGAACUCGCUAUCUUCCCAAGUGGAUCUGACAAUAACUAAAGCAGAAUCUGAGCAGAUAGCCCGAGCUAUUGCAGAAGAUCAGUGUUAUGAACUUGAUCAGGAACUGAAGAAAGCAAUCACCCGACACAAGCAAGAACAGAAUGAGAAGGACAGCACCAUUAACUUAUUGGAAGAGUCAAAUCGAACCUUGACCAAAGAUGCAGAAAAUCUAUCAAAGGAAAAGACAGAGCUUGAUGAAAAACUAAAUACGAUGGAAGAAGAAUUACUAAAAAAGGAGGAUGACUUAAAUGGCAUGAAAGUCAAUUAUGAAAAAAUACUUAACCAGGAACGUACGCUGAAAACACAGGCUGUUAAUAAACUGGCUGAAAUUAUGAACCGUAAAGAUAUAAAAGUGGAUCGAAAGAAGGCAAAUACUGCGGAUCUCCGGAAAAAGGAAAAGGAAAACCGAAAACUGCAACUGGAAUUGAAUCUAGAGAGAGAGAAAUUCAGUCAGACGGUUAUGAAACACCAAAAGGAUAUGGUUGAAAUGCAAGCACAAUUGGGAGAGGAGUGUGGUCAGCGAACAGAGCUCCAAAUGCAGCUUGAUAGUAAAGAUAGUGAUCUUGAGCAGCUCCGUUCCAAGCUUCAGGACCUCCAGCUCCGAAUGGAUACCUCAAGCUUAGCCAGUCUGCAAUCGGAGGAAUCUGAUGGAAAUGUAGCUGAAUCCAGGAUGGAGGGCUGGUUAUCAAUACCAACUAGAACAAAUAUCAAGAGAUACGGCUGGAAAAAACAGUAUGUCGUUGUCAGCAGCAGAAAGAUUCUGUUUUACAAUGAUGAAAUGGAUAAAGAACAAUCUAAUCCUUCUAUGGUACUGGAUAUAGACAAAUUGUUCCAUGUGCGACCUGUAACACAAGGUGAUGUUUAUAGGGCAGAGACUGAAGAAAUUCCUAGGAUAUUCCAGAUAUUGUAUGCCAAUGAAGGUGAAUGUAGAAAAGAUGUGGAAGCAGACUCUGUCCAGUCAACAGAAAAGCCUGACUUUAUACCUCAUAAGGGUCAUGAAUUCAUCCCCACACUUUACCAUUUCCCUGCUAAUUGUGAAGCCUGUGCAAAACCUCUGUGGCAUGUCUUCAAACCACCAGCCGCACUGGAAUGCAGGCGAUGCCAUGUUAAGUGCCAUAAGGAUCAUUUGGAUAAAAAGGAAGACAUGAUUGCACCAUGCAAAGUGAACUACGAUGUGACCACGGCUAAAGACAUAAUAUUAUUGGCAUGCUCUCAGGAUGAGCAGAAGAAAUGGAUCGGCCAUUUGGUGAAGAAGAUUCCUAAAACCCCGCCAGCUGUCUCAAGCUUUAUUCGUGCUUCUCCCAGGACAUCUUCCACAAGAUCAGUGCCAAACCAAUCUUUUCGCAAACCUGCCAAACACAUUGUCCAAGGCAAACCCAGCUAACCACCUUGGGAAUUGGAAUCUGAUGAUGGACUGUUUCCACAAAACCAGGAAUUUCUAAUACAAAGCAGUGAAAACUGGUUUUGAUUCCUUUUGAUACAAACACACGUUUCGGGGCAAGAAUUGUUCCUCAACUCCCCACUUUCUGCUGAAGCACAAGCAUGCUGAGGGGUGUUCAUUGUGGGUUGCCCAUGUUAGCGUAGUUUUUUUUUCCCAAUGCUAAAGAUAAAGUAUAGCUAGAAAUAAGAUGCUGCCUUUUCUGUAUAACCAAGUGAACACCAGGGUGGAUCAUUGUGGAAUAGUGCAAUGAGCUUUCAUUAUAUCAUUUAAGUAAGGGACAGGGCGGCUGCACUUUCUACAGGGGUUGCUUGUGUUGAGUCAUGGAGGGGCGAUAUGGAAUCAAAAGUGCUGAAAAUAAUAUGAGACAAAAUGGAACUGCUUUGACGGAUGCUAUCAUCAGAUGCUUGAAAGACAUGGAGAUUGUCUCGGAACUAGCCAUGUAUUCACUUGAACUUUUCAUGCCUUCAGUGUAGAUCUGUCGAGACUUUAAAGCUUAUAAAUCUCUCAGCUUUAAGAUGGAAAAGUCUGAUAUACUGCUGGUAUAAGUGCUUUAGAAUUUUACUGUCCAAAAUACUUCACCUAAAAAUGUACAGAACUGGGAGGAAUGAGCAAAAUGUAUCACUUGAUCUAUGCAUUUUUUUUGCCAAGCCAUAGCAUAUCAUGGAUUGAAUUAUUACAAACGGAGGUAUUAGAAUAAUAGCAACAAUUCGGAUUAACCAGGUUUGUGAGUAUUUUUAGGGUUAUAUCAUUUUGUAAUAAUUUUAUAAUGUAUUGCCUUACAUUUGCAAAUGAAUCCUUACUAUAUGGUAGAGAACAUUAACUUAACAAACAAAAAGAAAUUGUGCACUGUUUUAAAACAUAAAUUAUUCUACUUAAAACACUUGAACAGGUGUAGCAUAACCUGUUAGUGCCUUACUUUUGGAGAACUGUUAUACUGCCAUAUCAAUAACUCGUAAUUUCAAAUAACUAUCUGCUUAAACAUUUUCUUUUGCAUUAUGAUUUUACCAUCCUGAGUUUGAAAUGAGUUUUAAGCUGAGGUUUUUUUAAAAUUUAGGAAUACUUUCUGAAUGCAAUGUAAACGGUAAAUAAUGAGUGGGAUUUAUUCAUAGGAAAAAUGCAGCAAACUUGAACUGCAGAAGGCAGCAAAUGCAAAUUUGUGUUCUUGUGAAUUAUUUCAGGACUCACUCCGGAAUAUAGGAAUUAUGUUGUAAAUGCUGUUUUAUCUCUUGCCAUUAAGCAGGAGCACAUUCAUGAUAUGGAUGGUAUGGUUUAAGUCAUCCAAUACCUCCCAAAGUAAUUUAUAACGGCUUUGCAGUUACACGUAUUAAAAGCACUGGAAAUUGGAUUUGUGUUUAGGAUGAACGCAUGUUUUAAAUGGUAUGAAAGCCGCACUGAUGGGUAUGUACCAAUAAACAUAUCUAUGUUAAGUUGCCUUGUUAAUGGAAAA